AUGUACAAGCAUUCUGGCAACCUCUGCCUCUUGAAAUCGAUCAUGUCCACAACAACCAAGGACGCCAUGGUGCUCCGUCCAGACUCUUCAAGUGACUUCGCUUCCUUUCCCCGGGAGAUACGAGAUACUGUCUUCUCAUACGUCGCUUCUGCUGCGAGGGUUGACAUCGACUAUCACGACAAUUAUUAUCUACUUCCGUACGAGGGAGCCGACGACUUCGCCGAAUGUAUCGAACUGCUUCACGAAUGGGCGCCUAGAUCUUACAUCGCAAAAGGAGCAUGCGAAGAAAUUUGGUCCAGCGGAACCUUCAAUCAUGGCUGGUAUUUCGAAUCCGAAAUCGUGAUUGACCCACGCGCUACACUCUUCGUGAGGACAAUCCAAGGCAAAACCGUGCUCAAGAAGUCUGUAGGAACACCGAUCGAUUUGAGAAAGUGUGUACGGGAGAUUAGACUCUACACAAACCCCAACCCUUACGAUCUCGCCAACCCUUCAGAAAUUGACAAUGCGAGUUUGUUGAAGCUCAAGCAAGAACUCUCCCAGCUCGGUCAAUUUCCCCACCUGCGUCGAGUGCAGCUAGGAUUAUGGAUCCCUCAAACAUGCGACGCCUACUUUGAAGGCAUGACCAUUGUCGAGAGCAUCUCGGAUGCUUGUAAAGAGCUUAGAAAACGAAUCGGCGCUGGAUUGAACAUCAUUCUUCUCAGAGCUUGGCCAUACGAUAUCGGGAAGUUUGAAUAUAUGGAUGAUUACGACAUUAGUUGGAUGUGGGAUACGCCAACUCAGGGGCACAGAGAGCGUGUUCGGGAGGGUCUCGCUACAGCAGAUGAAAGGAUUGGGGUACUCAUCGCUGAUGGAGUCGAACAAAAAGGAGAGCGCACUUUACUGGAGGAAUUACGCGACGCUGGCUCCCUUUUACCGCAACUGAACGAAGAGAUUGUGAAGAUGGAGGUCUGGAAACGUUGGACAGGCAUUGACGAGUCUGAGUGGCUGCGGAUUAAGGAAAGGUGGGGGAGGAAUGGUGAUGACAUGUGA